CCACAAAGUCAGCAGUCCGAAACAGCAGCAGCUCAGAGGGAGAAAGAUGGCCCAGAGACCCGCGGGGGCUCAGUAUUAGUCAGCAUUGACUCGAGGAGAUGUGCAGCUGAAACUGGAUGGUGGAGCCCACCGCUGUGAUGGGAGAGUGGCAAUGAAGUAUGAAGGAGAGUGGGGAAUAGUGUGGGAUUCCAACUGGAACUUGGACAAAGCGGCUGUGGUGUGCAGACAACUGGGAUGUGGAGCUGCUGUUGAUGUUUACCAAAAACUGCUUCAUACGGGAGAAAAGCCCAACCCAAUAAUUAUAUUUACACAAUUUUCCUGCAAGGGAACAGAAACAACUCUCAAUAAAUGUCCACGUUUUAAUUUCUCACAUUAUAAAUCUCGGUAUUCAAUCACUAUUUGGAAUGUUGGAGUAGUGUGUGCAGAGUUUGUCCAUCUGGCUGGAGGAAGUGGACCAUGCUCAGGGCGAGUGGAAGUAUAUCCUGAGACAGAGUGGAUUCCAGUUUCUGAUAGGAACGUCACCUACGCCACGGCCCACGUCAUCUGUGCAGAGUUGGAGUGUGGCAAGGCUGUGUCUGUUCAGGGGGACGUGCCCUGGCGAGACACUAAUGGAAAGAUCUGGGCAGAAGAAUUUCAGUGUGAGGGGCAAGAGGCUGAGCUCAGGCUGUGUCCUAGAGUGCCCUGCCCUGGAGGCACUUGUCACCGCAGCGGGGCUGUCCACGUUGUCUGCUCCGGAUACACAGGACUGAGGCUUGCAUCCCCCAAUGGCUCUGAAUGUGAGGGCCAAGUGGAGAUCCAGAUUCUUGGAGAUUGGGGACCACUCUGUGACUCUCUCUGGGAUCUGGCUGAUGCCAAUGUUGUCUGUCAGGACCUUGGCUGCGGAGUUGCCAUUUCUACCCCAAGAGGAGUGCCUUUUCAGGAGGGAAGUGGCCAGGUUUGGAACCACAGGUUUCACUGUUUAGGCACUGAGUCCCAUUUAUGGGAGUGCCCUGUGACUGCCUUGGGGAAUCCUAACUGCUCCCAUGGGGAUGCUGCCUCUGUGAUCUGCUCAGGAAAGCAGACCCAUCCUCUGCUCCCAGGCAACAACUCCACAUCUCAUCCAGCGGACUCCGCGGCCUUGGAGGACAGAGCUGCCAACCACUCAGGGAGCAGAUGGCUCCGCCUGGUGGACGGGGGCAGUCCCAGUGCUGGGAGAGUGGAGAUUCUUCACCAGGGCUCCUGGGGCACCGUCUGCGAUGACAGCUGGGAUAUGAAGGAUGCCCAUGUGGUGUGCAGACAGCUGGGCUGUGGAGUGGCCAUUAAUGCCACUGCCUCUGCUCACUUUGGGGAAGGGACGGGACCCAUCUGGCUGGACGGUCUGCAGUGCACAGGGGAGGAGUCCCAUGUGUGGAAGUGCCCUUCCCAGGGCUGGAGGAAGCACAACUGCAGGCACAAGGAAGACGCAGGGGCCAUCUGCUCAGAGUCUCUGGCGCUCAGGCUGGUGAGUGACGACCACGACUGUGCCGGGUGGCUGGAAGUCUUCUACAACGGCACGUGGGGCAGCGUCUGCAGAAGCCCGAUGGAGCGCAUCACUCUGGCUGUGAUCUGCAGGCAGUUGGGCUGUGGGAACACUGGAAAGAAGCCGAAGAGCUGUCCCACUGGUGCCCCCUGCAAAGACAGAGAGAAGCUCCGCCUCAGGGGAGGAGACACCCAGUGCUCAGGAAGAGUGGAGAUCUGGCACAAUGGCUCCUGGGGCACCGUGUGUGAUGACUCCUGGAGCCUGGCAGAGGCCCAGGUGGUGUGUCAGCAGCUGGGCUGUGGCUCUGCCCUGGAAGCUCUGCACGGGGCUGCAUUUGGCCCAGGAAAUGGGAGCAUCUGGCUGGAUAAUGUGCAGUGCAGGGGCAGGGAGUCCUCCCUGUGGGCCUGUGCAGCUCAGCCCUGGGGCCCUAGUAACUGCAAGCAUGAAGAGGAUGCUGGAGUGAGGUGCUCAGGAGAGAGGACAACCUCUCCUCCCAUCAAUAGAGGCAACAUUGCACCCUCCCCCCGGGACUCUGGCAUCUUCUCCCUGCCUUGGGUCCUCUGUGUCAUCCUAGGGGCUCUUCUCUUCCUGGUCUUCAUCAUCCUGGGAACGCAGCUGCACAGACGGAGAGCAGAGCACCGAGACUCACACAAGUUUGAAGAUGCUCUUGAGGAGGCCUUGUAUGAGGACAUUGACUACCUUGUCAACCCAGAAAAGGGGAAGCAUUGGGAGCUCUCAGAAAACAUGUCUGAUGACUCAGUGACUAAGCUGCCAUAUUACACUGGGGACAAUGAGGAGGACGAAGAUCCUGAAUCUGCUCCAGAACCUCCAGGUAGCCCUGUUGAUGCCUCUGAAAAUGGUUAUGAUGAUGCUGAAGAGUUGCCUUUUCCUGAAACUUCUCCUACCCCAGCAAUGAGUGACAAACAAUUUCUCCCCGAGGAGAGAAAUGAUGCUGGGUGGUCUCAGGCAGGUGACUCUCUGCAGUCUCCUAGCAAAGCUGCUUACCCCCAAGUGGACGGGAAAGCUUCCUCAGUGGUCCACGGGCAAGGGGAAGACCUUGGAUACGAUGAUGUCGAGCUUAGCACUAUGUAG